AUGCUUCCUAGGAAUGUGAAGUCUGCCGCACUCGUUCUCUCAUACACCUGUGGCAGUCACAUCUACUGGGCUCAUCACUCCAAUGGCCUCGAUUACAGUUGGGGCAUUAACACCUACACUGUCGAAACGACAAUCAACAGCAUGGCAGGACGAUUGCGGCAGCCCAUCACCUUCCAAAUAUCGAGCCUUCAGUUUGCCAUACUUUCAAUCUCGACUGACGUUCAGCCGCUACUGACAGCCGAUCAGGGUACGAACGUCGUUUGGUCAGAUACCACCACCACACCCCCAAUCGAUCUCUCAACCUUUACGGGUCACUCAGUAAUCGCUCUGUGA